UCUCUUACAUUUGCUUUGCAGAAACAUUUCGAUUAUAUUUGUGACCAAACUCUCCAAUCUACAGUUUUUAACAAAGAAAUCUAUCCGAAUCUGCUUUUUACCUAAAAAUAUAGACUAACUUUUAGAUUGGUUAUAUUCCCAGCGAUGGGAGAUAUCGCUUCAGAAAAAUCGUCCAGAAUGAAGCGUAGGAAACAGCUAUGCAAGAAGAUAGCUAGGAUCCUCGUACUCAUUGCCUGUUUGAGUGGCUUUAUUUUUCAAACUAUGGAAUUUCUCUUACUCUACUGGACCUACCCAACGGUAGUCGACAUUCAGAAAUCGUCUCCCUCGUAUCUGGAUAUACCAGCAAUCACCGUAUGCAAUCCCAUUGGAUACAACUUUACUGCUUUAUGCACUGAAUUCGGAAUUUCCGUCUGCCUGGUCGGCCGCCUACUGAAAUUCAGCACGGCUUAUGUGUGUCAGGAGCAUCAAGAUAUAUGCGUGAACAAUAAAAUUCCGAAGGACUUCACAGGCAUUACAUAUAAUAAAUUUUUGAAAGAAAUUCAUCAUCUAGAAUACAAGAUGCACGCCAAACUUCGCAUGAAAAUAGAAGAUUAUAUGAACUGCACUAUUGAAUAUUUGGGUGAAAAGAAAUCCUGCAAUAUGGAUUAUGUUAUGGGAUCCUUUUAUACGAAAGACGAAUUACCAAGUUACUGUUACACGCUGUACUCGCUGUGGGGUUCGCCAAACAAGAAAAGAGAACAGAUCCAGAAGGGCGCAAAAAUGAUCCUCGAGUUCAAUGUGAACGCUUCGGGCCGGGACGAGCCAAUCACACUAGAAAACGUGACUGGGUACAUCCCCAAGCGCAAUAUUCCCACCAGCCCAUCUGUGCAAAUCGCUGUCCACACCCCGUACUUCCUGCCCAGUCCUUAUACUUUAGGAAACAACUACCAAGGAGGAAAAGCGUACGAACUGCGCCUACUGAUGGAAGAAACGCAUUUAUUGCCGAGUCCGUAUCAAACCAACUGCACGGAUUACUUGAAGAUCUGGAGGGAAAAUGGAGGCAAGGGUCCUGUCUCUCAAACGGGGGUUGUUCAAGAAUGCCGUGCGAAGAGAUACAAAGAGCAAUUAGGUUGCGUGCCCAUUAAAGUGGACUAUCCCCAUACUGACAGCAUCUGUGGAGCUUUAGUGGGUACAAACGUUACUAAUCCAACGCAAGAAUGCAUGACUCUUGCUGAUAGCUACAAUCAACCUUGCGAUUCCAUAUCGUAUUCAACUGAGCGAGAAGAAGUUGAGAUAACAGUUGUAAUACCAAUCGCUUCUAAAUUUCUAAGUUCCAAAGAAGAAGUAAGAAAAAAGAUUAAGGGGCACGACUGCUCAGGAAGAAACAUUUGGAAUCCAGAGUGCUCCAAAAUUAAUAUUGACAUCCUCUUCGACAGAUUUGAAAUUACCAACUUAACGUACAAUCCAAAAUUCGAGAGCUUGGAACUCUUCAGUGCAGUUGGCGGAUACAUGGGAAUGUGGCUCGGCAUAUCUCUGGUGGCAGUUUAUGAUUUCAUUUUCACCGUCGCCGGAUUCAUACGGGCAUGGAUGAUUCGAAAUCGACGCAGGAAGAUUCAACCCGGCAAGAAGGGUCGCUCUUUCUAUAGCGGAGAGAGAAAAAAACAUGUCUUUCAGCAAGAUGAUUUCCAAAGAAAAAUAUAUAACUGGUGA